UUUGUUUGGUUACUUUAAUACGCUUGACUUUUUCUUCUCUGAUUCUCUGCUGAAUGAAUCAAUAAUGACUUAUCGUGGCCUCAAAAGACGAAUCUUGGAUCUUUCUCAGCAAGCCUAUUUUCAAUUUUUUAAGGCUUCCAUCGCUUUUUAGUCUUCUAGGGUUUUGAUCAUUUCAUCUGAAAACUGAAAAAAAAAAUGUGCAGAUCACUGGAGAUAACCUUGGUCUCAGCGAAUGGUAUCAAAAAGGUCAAACACAUCUCCAAGAUGGAUGUGUACGUGGUGGCCACCGUCUCUGGCGAUCCUCAGAGCCUCCAGAAAACGCCGGUGCACAAGGACGGUGGGUCCAACCCCACUUGGAACUUCACUAUGAAAUUCACCAUCGAUGAAUCGCUGGCUCAAUUGGACCAUCUCAUGCUUAUUUUCCAGCUCCGCUGCUGCCGGCAUGUCCGCGCCGACAAGGAUAUCGGCGAAGCCAACGUGUCCGUCAAAGAGCUCCUCAACCACGCCGGGGACGACAUGUCCGCAAAGUAUGUCACAUACGAAGUUAAAAAGCCCUCUGGGAAGCCCAAAGGCAAGUUGAACUUCUCUUUCAAGUUCGGCGAGAGAUCACAUCCAGGUGCAACUCCGCAGGUAUGCUCGCCGGUGACUGCAUAUCCCAUUCACACAGUGUACGGAUCACCAUAUGCUCCACCCUCAGUGGCGGCGCCUUACCCAGAAACAACGGCGGUGGAAUUUUAUCCGCCGGUGGGUUUUCCUAAUACAGCAGAUGGGUAUCAUUCAAAUGGUGGGCAUUCGUCAAAGCCGCCGCAAGGGUAUCCUCCUCCGGAGCCGGAGAAUGGGUAUUCACCUGUGAAACAUGAGCUGCCGGAUCAGCAGCCGACGAAGAAUGAUGAUAUCAGUCUGGAAACGCUGGGGGCUGCCAUAGCUAUGAUUUUAAUGGGAGAUAAGGUGUCUGAUGCAGCUGUUGUUAGUAGCGAUCAUGAUCGUGUCUAUAACUCACAUGGUUUGGAUAGCUGAUCUUCGGUGUACUUUUGGAAAUUCUCCUCCUCUAUGCUUGUUUGGAUUCCAAGAAAAGUUGAAAUACCUUAAUGGAAAAACCUCUACUUCUGACAUGUAUUGAUAUUAAUUUAGUAUUCCUGUAUUUGAGGUGUCAUAGUUUUAAGGAUUGGGAAGCAAUGUUCAAAUUGUUAUGCAAUUUUCAUUGAA